UCGCAAGUUCACCAUUCAUCAUUCAGCCAAGAAACCAAAUACAUUCGGUGGGGAAUUAUUCCAAGUCUUUAAAAUCGUUCCCAAUACAGUACCCGAUAAACUUCUUAUCAUUUCUCAUCCUUCCGUAGCUCCCUCCCGUCGCAUUUCUCACGUGCCUUAUCAAUUGAGUCUGAUACUCUCGAGGCAAUUAAAGUAGUUUAUAUCAUUGAAUUGUCUGUGGGAACCUCGUGGUAUUCAUUUAUAUUUAAAUAUCCAAUAUGGCUGAUCCUACGAUACAAACUUUCUGCUGUCGUCAUAAUAAUAAAACGGAUAUGUCUGUUGUUAUCAUGCAGGAAUUCAAUCCAGAUGUAUAUAAUACGGUUUGUAUAUUAUCUUCGGCUAUGGGAAUACUCGGUGCUAUUUACCAGAUAUUGCCGAGGGAAGAGACGCCGUAUCAGCAUCGGUGGCAGACGUUUUCUGGAUCGAGGGGGACGGAAAUCAUCAUUUGGCUGGCGGUUGCUGACCUGUUUGCAUCUUUCGGUGUUUUCAUCAGAUCUGCCUUAUGGUUGAAUUACAAAACAAUAAUGCCGGGGGAGAGCGAUACAUCUAGCGUAGUUUUUUGUGCCGUGUCCUCCGCCUGGAGUCAGUACUUUUACAUGGUGACAUGGAUCUGGACUUUAUGUUACGCAAUUGACAUGAAACUAUUACUUGGAGAGCGACCUGGACGGCCAUUGUGGUACCAUACAGCAGCCUGGAUAUGUCCAGCAGUACUAACUGGCUUUGGAUUGGGCAUUCUUUAUCUUCCUGAUGCCAA